AUGUGCGUGUGUUUUCACGUGACAAUCCCACCCACCUGUUGCCUCUCCCUCCCACCCACCCACCUCGUCAUAGCACCCACCACCUCCACCCCACCAUCCUUUCUUUCCCACCGAGCCGUCCUCUCUCCCUCCCACCCGCCCUCGCCUCUCCUUUCUACCCGCCGUCGCCGCUCCCUCCUCCCACCGUCGCCGCUCCCUCCCACCCCGCCGUUGCCUCUCCCUCCGCCGUCGCCUCACCCUCCGCCGUCGCAUCUCCCUCCGCCGUCGCCUCUCCCUCCGCCGUCGCCUCUCCCUCCGCCGUCACCUCUCCCUCCGCCGUCGCCUCUCCCUCCGCCGUCGCCUCUCCCUCUGCCGUCGCCUCUCCCUCCGCCGUCGCCUCUCCCUCUGCCGUCGCCUCUCCCUCCGCCGUCGCCUCUCCCUCCGCCGUCACCUCUCCCUCCGCCGUCGCCUCUCCCUCCGCCGUCGCCUCUCCCUCCGCCGUCGCCUCUCCCUCCCCAUAGUCUCCUCCCUCCCCGUCCCGUCGCCUCCGCUCCUUCCCAUCCCGUCGCCUCCGCUCCCUCCCAUCCCGUCGCCUCCGCUCCCUCCCAUCGCCUCGCCUCCGCUCCCUCCCAUACCGUCGUCGUCCCCUCCCACCCCGCCGUUGCCUCUCUCACCUACCCUGCCGUCGCCACUCCCUACCCUCCCGCCGCCGUCUCUCCCUUCCAUUCCGCCUCUCCUCGCCCUCAUCCCCGCCGCGCCACUCCCUCCCGUCCCGCCGUGGGGCGGUUUGAGAGCAUGGAUAAGGAUGUUGUGGGCAAGGGCGAGUGCGAGGUUGAAUAUGAGAGCAAGCGCAUGAGUGAGUGCGAGAGUAGUGAGAAGGUGAGUGAGAAAGCAAGUUUGAGAGUGAGUGCAAGUGUGAGUGUGAGGGCGAGUUUGAGGUGUAAGAGUGAGUGCGAGGGUGAGUACGAGUAUGUGCAAGAGAAAGUGGGAGAUAGAGGGCGAGUAGGACUGCAAGAAGGAGUGCGAGCCAGAGUGUGGGCGUGGCUGUAG